GCUGUUGGGGGUCCCGCCCCUUUUUUGGCUCGGGCCCCGGGCCCUCCUCGCUGCCAUUGCUGGAUGGUGGCGAAAAUGAUCAUAGAAAACUUCGAGGCGCUCAAGUCCUGGCUCAGCAAAACCUUAGAGCCCAUAUGUGAUGCAGAUCCAUCAGCCCUAGCAAAAUAUGUUCUUGCCUUGGUCAAAAAAGACAAAAGUGAGAAAGAACUGAAGGCACUGUGUGUUGACCAGCUAGAUGUGUUUCUUCAAAAGGAGACUCAAAUAUUUGUGGAAAAACUUUUUGAUGCUGUGAAUACAAAAAGCUAUCUACCUCCACCAGAGCAGCCAUCAUCUGGAAACCUAAAGUCAGACUUCUUUCAACACCAAGAAAAAGAUACAAAAAAAGAAGAGAUAAUUAAAGAAGAAGAACGAGAGAAGAAGUUUUCUAGAAGGUUAAAUCAUAGUCCCCCUCAAUCAAGUUCACGGUACCGAGAACCCAGAAGCAGGGAUGAAAGAAAGAAGGACGAGCGUUCUCGCAAGAGAGAGUAUGAUCGGAAUCCUCCACGGAGAGAGUCCUAUAGGGACCGUUACAACAGAAGAAGGGGGCGAAGCCGGAGCUACAGUCGAAGCCGCAGUAGAAGUUGGAGCAAGGAAAGGUUGCGGGAUCGAGACAGGGACAGGAGCAGAAGUCGAACAAGAAGCAGAACAAGGAGCAGAGAGCGGGAUCUUGGGAAGCCAAAAUAUGACUUGGACAGAACAGAACCAUUAGAAAACAAUUAUACUCCUGUUUCUUCUGUUACAAACAUUUCAUCUGGUCACUAUCCUGUACCUACACUAAGUAGCACUAUAACAGUUAUUGCUCCUGCUCACCAUGGAAAUAAUACUACUGAAAGUUGGUCGGAAUUUCAUGAAGAACAGUUGGACCAUAGUUCCUAUGGUAGACCGCCACUACCAAAGAAACGGUGCAGAGACUAUGAUGAAAAGGGUUUCUGUAUGAGAGGAGAUAUGUGUCCUUUUGAUCAUGGAAGUGACCCGGUAGUUGUAGAAGAUGUGAACCUGCCGGGCAUAUUGCCUUUUCCUGCACAGCCCCCAGUUGUUGAAGGACCACCUCCUCCAGGACUUCCUCCCCCACCACCUAUUCUUACUCCUCCUCCUGUAAAUCUUAGGCCUCCUGUUCCACCUCCAGGCCCUCUACCACCUAGCCUUCCACCUGUUACAGGACCACCACCUCCUCUUCCUCCUUUGCAGCCCUCUGGUAUGGAUGCACCUCCAAAUUCUGCAACCAGUUCCGUUCCUACAGUUGUAACAACGGGUAUUCAUCACCAAUCACCUCCUGCUCCACCCUCCCUUUUUACAGAAACAUAUGAUACAGAUGGCUACAAUCCUGAAGCACCAAGUAUAACCAGCACUUCAAGACCCAUGUAUAGACACAGGGUGCAUGCCCAAAGACCAAAUCUGAUAGGACUUACAUCAGGAGAUAUGGAUCUGCCACCAAGAGAAAAACCUCCUAAUAAAAGCAGCAUGAGGAUAGUAGUGGAUUCUGAGUCCCGGAAAAGAACUAUUGGUUCAGGUGAUGGAGUUUCAGUAAAGAAGAACUGGUUUGACAAGCAAAACUUUAAUAGAACAAACAGCCCGGCUUUUCAGAAGAAGGUGCAGUUUGGAAAUGAAAAUACCAAACUUGAACUGAGGAAAGUUCCUCCAGAGCUGAACAAUAUCAGCAAACUAAACGAACACUUCAGCAAAUUUGGAAAUUUGGUGAAUUUGCAGGUUGCCUACCAGGGAGAUCCAGAAGGUGCUCUCAUCCAGUUUGCUACUCAUGAAGAGGCAAAGAAAGCUAUUUCAAGCACAGAAGCUGUAUUGAAUAAUCGUUUCAUUAAGGUGUACUGGCACAGAGAAGGCAGUGCUCCACCCAUGCCACCUUCAGUACAGAAGGUUAUACAGCCUUUAGCCCAGCAGCCCAUUUUACCUGUUAUAAAACAGUCUGUCAAGGAGCGUUUGGGUCCAGUGCCUGUCAGUAACAUGGAACCUGCCGAAGCUCAGAGUGCCAGUGCAGAAACUGUACAGAAUGUAACAAAACUCUCUGUGAAGGACAGGCUUGGGUUUGUGCCUAAACCACCUAACCCAACUACUGAAAAGGUAUUGUCUACUUCUACUGGCUUGACAAAAACUGUGUAUAACCCAGCUGCUUUGAAGGCAGCUCAGAAAACGUUGCCUGUUGUUAACCCUUCCGUGCUAGAUUCUAGUGAAGCACAGAAGAAAAAACAGGAGGCACUAAGACUUCAGCAAGAUGUGAGGAAGAAAAAGCAAGAGAUUUUAGAAAAGCACAUUGAAACACAAAAGAUGCUGAUUUCAAAGCUGGAAAAAAAUAAAACGAUGAAGUCUGAGGAUAAAGCUGAAAUCAUGAAAACUCUAGAAACAUUGACCAAUAGCAUCACCAAGUUAAAGGAUGAGUUGAAAGGAGUCUCUUCCCCAACAAAUGCUCCAUUGAAAAACAUUAAGACAAAAGCACAGAUGCAAAAAGAGCUAUUGGAUACUGAAUUGGAUUUGUAUAAGAAGAUGCAAGCUGGGGAAGAAGUUACUGAACUGAGAAGAAAGUACACAGAACUGCAACUGGAAGCUGCAAAACGAGGAAUCCUCUCAUCGGGUCGUGGGAGAGGAGCUCAUGCACGUGGCCGAGGAGUGUCCCGUGGGAGAGGCCGGGGAGGAAGGGGCCGGGGUCGAGGAAGAGGGGUUCCUGUUCAUGCUGUUGUGGAUCACCGUCCCAGAGCACUUGAAAUCUCUGCCUUUACCGAGAAUGACCGUGAAGAUCUCCUUCCUCACUUUGCGCAAUAUGGUGAAAUCGAAGACUGUCAGAUAGAUGACUCAUCUCUCCAUGCAGUAAUCACUUUCAAAACAAGAGCAGAGGCUGAAGCAGCUGCUAUCCAUGGAGCUCGAUUCAAAGGACAGGACUUGAAGUUAGCCUGGAACAAGCCUAUCAUUAACAUGUCCACUGUAGAAACAGAAGAGCCAGAGCCAGAUGAAGAAGAAUUUCAGGAAGAAUCAUUGGUGGAUGACUCCUUGCUUCAAGAUGAUGAUGAAGAUGACGACGACAAUGAAUCUCGCUCUUGGAGAAGAUGAUUCAACUGACUAUUAACAGUGCUAGGACUGUAUCUAUGUUGCAUUAGCAUUUCCUAAUGUACUUUUGCAUAUUUGUACUACAAAGCAUUUCAGUAAAAGCGAUGGGUUUCAGAUAAGACACAUGGAGCUGAUUGAUCCUAUAUUUGUGUGAUUGAUGUUGAAGUUGCAUUUACAUUUCAGUAAAUGAUUGCUUACAACAUCACAAUAGGAACAUAUGCAAUGUUUUUAUUAUACAGAAGCAGUACCAAAUUCUUUGGGUUCUUUGUAAAUUAAGGGGUUGAUCACACAACAAAAUGACCACGAGUGGUUAUAAGGUUAAUUUUUGUUUUAUUCCAAAUACAGAAUGGAAAUUUGCAUUUAAGAUCUUUGUGAAUGUUUUCAGAAAUGAUAGAUUACAGUACUAAACGGAAGUCUCUAAAGUUAUGUAUUCAUAAUAUUGCAUAGUAGUAUGCUUAGGCUUUACUAUGUACUAGCCUUUUGUUGGAUUUGUGUACGUAUUUUACGUAUAAGUUUUAAUGAUACAGUGUACAACUGCUUUGCAUAUAUCUCCUUAUCACCUUAAGAUGUUUAAAAAAUAAAGUAAUGGAAUGGUCUUGGAAAAAAAAAAGAAAAAAGCAAUAAUGAAUAUUAUGGCCCAUGACAGAGAAAAAAAAACAACUAAAAAAGAAAAAAAAAAGAAUUGAGAGACCAUUCCAAGUGGUGAUCCCCACCCCCCCCAUACUCAAAAAAAGAGCUGAAUCACUAUGGUUAUUUUUCUUUCUUCAUGAGCUAAAACACUUCAUCAAAAAGAAAUAAUUAAAGCAAUUGGCUUAGUAUAUAUUAUGUGCUCAAAAUAUUUGAAAGCAUACUAGAAAAUUUCAAAUUCUGCUCCAUGCCAGAAUGUGACUUUCAGAGAGAGUUCUGGCUUUCAAUGAUGAGAUAGUAUCUCAUAUUUUGGGAACUGAAGAGGACUUGCUCAUUGUGUGGUGAAGGUUCACGUUUAAGAAAUAAAGUGAAGUAAGAUGACUGGUAGGUAUACGUAUAUUUGAUUUAAUAUAUUAUUAACCACUUAAAGGUUAUACACAUUAUACAAAGAGGUAAAUAAAGCUGUCCAUCAUAGGAGAGUACAAACAAGAGUAUUUCCCCCUUAAUUCAGAUGCAGCUUAUUGACAUUCUGAUCUCCCUCCUGUGAGUGACCUUUGGUAUGACAGUCAGAUGCAGAGUUCCUGUUGUAAUUCCUCCUUAUGUGGAGCACACUCAUGUAUUGGGAAUAUCAGUCGGCUGUUCCUUGAUCAAAAGGGGAAUGCACAGUUAUUGCUCACAGUGACUGCUGUCUGGUAAAAGGAUAUUGGGGGAACUUAGGGAUCUCUAGGUUUCACCAAACUAGUGAACACAUAGAGAUUGUGAAUAGGAGCCAAUCAUGAAUACAUGACUUUGUGUGUUCCCAGAUGUUUUGGCCUUCAACUCCCAGAAAUCCUAACAGCUGGUAAACUGGCAGGGAUUUCCGGGAGUUGUAGGCCAAAAACCUGGGGAUCCACAGGUUGAGAACCACUGCUCUACAUAAAUGCAUUUAUAACUGCCUUAGUGAAUUCUGGCACUUGUCUGCUUGUCAUGUAUAGCUUUUUAAACAUAAGCAGCAGUACAAAAGUAAUACAUUUUGCUUUGGGUGCUUUUUCCCAGCCAAUGUAAAUUUGAGCCAAAAUAGCUUUUCUGCUUGGUUUCUUUGGGGAAGGUAUCAGGAAUCCGGGGUAAUUUCCUCAUUGUAAGGAAGUUACCCCUUGGGGUUGGGGAAGAUGUGCUGAAAUUCACAACAGGUUCAGAGAAUACAAGAAACUCUACAAUUGAGCUUAACCUUAAUAAAUUCCUACUAUGAACUCUCAGCACACUGAAAUUCCAGAGCUUAGAGUGUGUUCCAAAGCCUUUUCUUAGAAUGGUCCAUUUACGCUAUGUUUUCUUUUAAAUUAUGAUUCAAUUUAAUUUAGAAUAAUUAAAUUCAGAAUUGAUGCUUUCCCCCUCAUUUCAAACUCUUUGUAUAAUGCUUGAUCUUCACCUGUUAAAGAAUGAAAAUUAAACAGAAAUGGUCCCCAUCAUGCCUUAGGAAGACUUCCUUUGAAAUACUAUAUGUUCUUUUGUUUUAAGAAAGUUUGGCAGUAAGUGUAAUAAGAUUCUUUUAAUUGUAAUAAUUGGUGUAGUAGAUGGUUAGAAAGAAGAUGCUUUGUUAAAUUUUUAGAUUUUAGUUUCUAUCAAAUAAGCCCAAGUUCAUAUUGAUCACAUGGUUCUGAAAAAGCUGUUAAGUAAAUUAAUAAGCUUUAAUUGUUCAGCUUUCAGUAAUUGUCAAAAAAGACUAAAGUGCAUGCUAGAUUAUUAGUGCUAGAAAUCUGAAGCAUAAACUUGUGCUCUUACAGAUCUUAUGUUUACUAAUUUUAUUGCAUGUGUCCAUGAUUACACCUGUUUCAUAUAGACUAAUUUGUAUGGAGUCAUGGGGAAAGCCAGUUAUGAGUCCUGCCAAAAAAACAGGACAUCUUUAUCACAAUUCUGUGCCUCAUUAGAUGUAAAAAAAACAGGAUGGAUGGUAAAAUAUUACAUAAUGACAAAUAGUUAGAAUUUGCCCUGUGUUUUGGUUUCUGACAGAAUUCUAGUUGUUUUUGCAAGACACUUGUUGCAUUAUGUUGCCAACAGCUGUAAAGGAAUGCAAAAUAGUUUUGAAAUGUUUCUCUUUUUUUUCCAGGUAGCCCCCCCAAAGACUGGUGUAUUCAGCUGCAAAGAUUAUCUAGUAUUUUGAGACUCUCCUGGAAAUGUGACUUGGUCAUCACUUCAGCCUACCGUAUUUACUCUGUCCACAUCAUCUGGGGAUUGGAAAACCAUGUUGUGCUGCAAGAAUAUAAUCAAUUGAAGAAGGAAUCUGCCAUAUCAAUUUUCACAAAACUGAUGGGGAUGGGAGGGAGAUAAAGCAGUUUUAAGGCAAUUGCAAUACCCAUGGGUCAGUUCUUGUUAGUUCUCUGAAGCACGGCAUACCUAAGAUCUUCAUCAAACAGGUAGGGGAAAAGCAGAGGGAACUGUGAUACUUCAUUCCGUAAUGUUCCCCUGUUUUCUGGGGUGACUAGCCAUCCCAUGUCUUUUCUGUACCUUUUCCCAUUUUCUCCCCGCUUUCUCCAGUUUGAAGUCAGGUAACACCCAACUCCUGAAGAUGGUUUUUGGGCACUGUUUCCAUGCACCACGUAGUCCCACCAGAAGUGCCCUAACGUCCUAUAAUGGCCUCUGUGGGACUCUGCACAUGGAAAUGGAGCUCAAAGACUGUCUGAUAAAGUCUUUAGAAUUGCAUAUUACUCAGUAUAGUAAAAAACUGCUCACACUGAAAGGAAGAAAGUAUAAUUACCAUGUAGUGAGCUCCUUGGUUUGCUUUACUUCAAUAUUUAGAGAGUAUCUGGCUCUGUCUUCCUGGUACGCUUCCCUAUAAUGGACAGAAGGCUACUUAAGCCAAACUUAGCAAUCAUUGGAACAAAAAAGAUAAGAAUCAAUUUUCAAAGAACCAAUUUAAGUAGGCCUUUGAGAGACAGAAGGGUUGAAUCCCUGCUCAGUCAUGGCAAAUCAGUGGGUGACCUUGUGCAAAUCAAACUUUUUAAGCCUCAGAAGAAGGCAAUGGCAAAUCAGACCAAUCUUGCCAAGUAAAGCUUGCUUAGUUGUCAAAGUCUGAAAUGGCUUGAGGGUGCACAGCAGCCAAACACCCCUUUUUCUAUAUAUUUUUGUUACUCUUGAGUUGAUCACAGUAAAUGUGAGAAGAUUCAAACUGGUUUUAUUGAAAAUGACAACCAUUUAUAGAGUGACCAGAAACAGUGCAAGUUUAGAUUUAAAUAAUGACAGAGCUGUUCCAUCAGAGGCAUAACAUAGUGUGGAGUGAACAGUUAUAAACUUUAAAAAUCAAAACAUUUCAAACCCAAUUUGUUCAUGAUUCAUAGAGAUGAGAGAUUAAUCUAGUGGUGAUAAUUUUGAAUGGCACUGUUUUGUUAUUGUGUUUGAUUUGCAGGUGUAUUUUGAUAGUAAAAUGUUUCAAAGUAAUGCUUUUCCUUCCUAUCCUUCCUAUGUAGGUCUUUCUCCUUUUAACAAAACCAAUACUGUUCAUGCAAAUCUGAAAAAUGAAAUACUUUAAAGUUAACUAUAUGUACACUUUUUCAGUUGAGGGCUAGGUGGCGCUCUGUCUACAUGAAUGGAACAAAAUUCAUUUCCUUUUCAUUUACCAACUCAUCUUCAAUUAAUUCCUUUUCUUGUUGGCCUAAUCUAAUGAAUGACUGCUUAUAUAUCUCUGUGAAAAAUACUAUCUACAUCGUUACAAAACCUGCAUGUAAAAACUUUCCAUGUAAAGUUUAAAGUUUCGUUCUGCUUAGCUUUGAAAGAAUUGAAACAAAUUGAUUGUAAUGCAUUUUGCUAACAGAAAUUCGUAACAUUGCCAAUUGCUGUUUUGCUCUCUGGAAAAUCUAUAGUUGGUUAUGGUGUCAUGAUCUGGAAGGCACAGAGGGCACUCUUUAUUAAUUCCCAAUAGGAAGGUCUAUUAUCUACACCUAUACUGCAUCAUUUGUCCUUCAUACAUUUAGUGACUGAAGAUAGCCCAUCACACAGAUACAACAUGGUUGGAAAGGGGAAUAGCUACAGACAGAGAGAGAGUAGAGCUGUGCAGUUUUCUAUUCUGUUUUUCUAGGUGGAAUUUUGCCAUUUCUUCCUAUAAGCUGCCAAUAAUCACGAGUCUUAUUUUCAUAACUAGCCAGUCACUCCAUAUAUCUGGAUUAUUUCUCCAUUUCUUACAGUGUAAGUCAUACUAAAAGCUUUAAUACAUUCUUGAUGUCCGUAUAAAGCUUAUUUUGCAAUCACCUCAAAUUCUGAAACAACCCCCUCUGCAAAUAUAUUGGAGGGUUAUGCAGAUGGUCUAAAAUAAAUUUUAAAAUGUUACCUUUCAACUUAUAAAAAAGGAUGCAAAUUAAACAAUAUUCCACACAUCCGGUGAAAUGUGCUCCAGUCCACAAUAGUUUAUACUGUAAUAAAUUGUUGAGUUGCUGAUAUGUGGUAAUAUGUGGUAUUUUUUCUUCUCCAACAGGUAAACAUGGCCAUUCUUCCUAGAAAUCUAAAGGAUGCAUUAAAAUGUAUGCCAUGUACUUUAGUAUUUGACACUUGGCCGUUUUAAAGAGUUUUUGAAUUAGUAUUUUCUUUUAAUACUAUACAUAAAACUUUCCUCUUCAACACCACAUACGAAAACAUUUUUCAGUGUGUUAAAAUACUGGAAAACGUCUUUAAUUGUUCCAGGAAUCAUACUUGGGAAUAAUAAUGCUUUAGAAAGUUUAGGCAAUUGGUUCUUCAUAAUUCUCAUCCCAUCCUUUUCCUUCUCUUUAUUUUUUUCUCCUCAUUUAUUCAGCUUGUCAUAGUUCUUACAUCAUUCAUUUUUUAAUCUAUCUGUAUCUCCAGUUUAAAUUUAUCCUUCUGUUGGUGGCAGCUAUUUGUGUUUUUCCAAGAUAGGAUGUCAUUAACGUUGGCUGAAAUCAUACUGACUAGAAAAAACAACAAAACAAUUUAAUUUUACAAAGCAUAGUAAUUUUAACACAUCAAAGUUGUUGCCAGCUCUCCUGCUAUAUGUAUCAAUAUCAAUAUUGGAUAAAUGAGCCAAUUCUUUUUGUGCCUGUUGAAUUACUCCUUUACUUCCCACUGAUAGUUAUAAGUAAUGGUUUUACUUAUAACCAUCAUGUUCCAAAUUUUCCUCUUCUAUAACCCAACAGGUGGUAGAUGAAGUAUUCUUGUUUGCACUAAUAAUAGACAUCCCACAGAUCACAGGAGUAAUCUUGUUUUCUCUUCUUAUGUUUCCCUUAACAUAUCCUAAUAGAUUCAUGUAUUGUUUGCAUUAUCUUGUUAUAUCUUUGACACAUUAUAUAACCCUCAUUGCUUUUAACUUAACAUUUGCACUGAAUUUGAUUUAAUUGACCUCUUUUUCUGUGUCACUGCUAGUGCACAUUAAAUAUAUUUAGGUAUAUUUUUAUUAUAACAAACAAAGGUGUAAUUAAAUAUCUUAAAAUAAUGCCUCGUAUAAUUUGUAUUGGUUCAUUAAUUUAUGUCUACAUUUUGCGUCUCAUCUAUUGAUGAUAAAAUUAAUAAUCACCAACUUUUUAAGCCUCUGAAGCUGAGGGACAGAAAGGGUGGCUAGAUAGGGCUCCAAUAUUUCAUUUCUCUUUAGGCAAUGGCUAUAAAGCAGAUUAAACCUAAUAUUGUUUCAUAAAUGUUUGGUUCACAAAAAACAAGUUAGUCUUAUUUGCAUAUUGUAUAAGUGAUUUCUCUGUAAUCGAUUUUAAUAUACAUGGCUUUUAUUUUCCAAAUGUUAACAGAGUGCAGUUGGACUGGAUACUGAAGGAGCAUGUCCAGUUCUCUUCUUUGUUCAAACAGAAGUCAAAUUAUUGGGUUCAGCUAUUUGGAUACAGUGAAUGAGACUAGGCCUUUUGAUGUCCCAACUUAUAUUUGUGUUGUAAUUUCUUCCCUGCUUUAUCUAAAGCUACAGUUCAAACUCCUGGUUUGUAAGACAUUCUCAAAUUAAGAAAAGAGAAGAAAUUGCAGUUCCCUGAAGAAGAGGAAAAUUUGAGAGUUCAAUCCAGUCUCAAUCAAACUUAACUAAUUUGUCCCUCUCCUUGGUGUCACUAUUGUGUCCUUCAGCAACAACAUGUAUAAAGGGUGGAGGAUGCACUGUAACUUAAAAUAAUAGAUCUUCCCAGUGGGACUUGUUCAGACUUCUCCAUGCUUCAAUCAAAACAGUCUAAGUAGCCAUAUAUUUUCCAAAAAACAAUAUGCAAAAUUAUUAGCAAAAUGCAAGUACUGAUUUCUUAGCUUUAUCAGAUGACAAGUGGACUGCUCUGUUGGGGUGCCUCAUCUUUGGAAUAUCCUUUCCUGUCCACUAUGACAGGCGUAAAACUUGAUACGUGUUUUGUUACAAAUUCAAAUUUGAGUUGAUGAUUUUAAUAUGGCCAGUUUACUGUGUUUUUAAUAUACUAAUUUUAAUUGUUAUAAUGAGUUCUGUACAUUUUCCUGAAGUUUUGAUAACAAUUAUACAUUAAUUUAUAUUAUAAUAUGUCUAUUAUUUAUUUUAUUUUAAAAUACAUUAAUAAAAUGAUUAAUAUUGAAUUAAUAAAUAGAACAAUAGUGACUGUACAUAAUACUAUUUUUUCCAAAUGCUAGAAGAGGGCAUUACUUUAAAUAGAACAAGAUUAUUUGCCUAGAAAAAGAUACCCUAUAAACAUUUGAAAAAUUGUAGGGCAAAUUUAAGGGUUUUGAUCUCAUCAGGGCCGGGGCAUCUGCUCUUGUACUGAUUCCCCCCCCCCCCUAUCUUUAUUCAAUAGAAUUGUGAUUGGUCAGUUUGUAAAGAGUUUACAUAUUGGGAAAUAUCAGUGAAUUGGUAGGUUUAUGCUGCUGAUUCUUAUGCUUAUGUGUUGGGAUUAUUUGCCUGGUUUAAGAUGCAUUCCUUUAAUAUCCGUUUCUCUUUUGUGUUGGAUUACAUAAACAUCUUUUCCUAAUCGGAUCUAUUAAAUCUGUAUUGCUGGUUUUCCAUCUCUAGGUGUUGCUGUCAUACAGUUGCACAGCUAAUAGCACUAUUUUUGAAACUCAAACCUUCUACAUAUCAAGAUUGAUUCUGUUCUUCUGAACAUGAAGGAUGACUCCCAGCUGAUACGGAAGUGAGCACCCACUCUGGCUCUGACUUGAAGAAUUACUGAUAUUAAAUGUCUUGAUAUUAUGAGUGGAGUUCAGGGGAGAGGUGCAAGCAAGCAGUUGCAAAAGGCAAUUUUCAGUGAUGCGUUUUCACUGACAACAAGGGAAUUCAGUUUUAUCAAGAGGACAGACAACUGCUGUCGCCCCUUGGGUAUCCGUAAGACUGUCCCUGCAUGUUUGGGAAAUCAUUUGACACUGGUUUUUAGGUGGCAUGAAGGACUGAAGAGGGAAGGGAAGGAAUUUUGCCACAGUUACAUGUUUUCUGUGCAAUAGCUCAUAUGCUGUUAUUCAUUUAUGUAUGUCCACGUAGUACACUGGAUCCCUUUGAGCUAGCAUUCUUUGUCAUGUUUUGGCUGAAAGGAAAAUAAAUAUGUAUAAUUUCCCCUUCUUAUAAUAAGGCUUCCUACUUCGAUCUUUUGUUGAUAAAAUUUUGAAUUUUGUUCAAAUCUAAAUUUUUGUAUAAAAUAACAUGUACACUCUUUCUAUGUAAACAUGUCAUAGAGGAGGCAAAGGUUAUUGAGCGAGACUAUAAUUUACAGAUGAGCUCAGUGCUGCUGCCUUACACACUGGUAUCAGAUUAGUUCUGAUUUUUUGCUGAGACAUUUUUUCUUGGUUCUCCUCAUUUUGAAUCACACCAUUAGGUUCAGUCUGUGCUUUUAUAGUCCUUUCCAUCAUAUCCCAUUUUAAGGGGAGAUAGGGUUUCACCUUUUCUUGUGCCUGUGGAUUCCGGAGGUCAUGCUAGCUAAUAUUUGAGGAAUGCAGUUGAAUGAGAUAACUUGGUAUGAUGGAGCCAUGGUUUCAUGGCAUUCUACCUCAAGUACCUUAGAGAGGCUAUUCCCUAUUUAGGUUGCCAUUAUAAGACUUCCUUAUCCAAAGCAAAUAUAUGAAAGAAGGAGGGCUUAAUGUGCCAGGGAAACAGCACUUUAUGCUUAACUGUGACUAUUACUAUCUCUGAUUGAUAAUUCCUUCUGUCUUCCUACACAGACUUAAUUGUAAUACUAGAAUCCAAUAAAUUGCUUCUUACAAAAUACGAGAUGUUUCUUCUCCACUAGUUAUGAAAUUGUUCCUUGCUUUAAGUCUCCAAAUACAAAAAGUUUUUAAUUUUGAAAGUCCUUUUUUUCCAAAUUCCUUGUGUGCUCAAAAGGGCAAUUAGAGAUUAUUUCACAAUGCAUUGUGAAUGCAUUGAUGACCCUACUUAUGUAAUGCUUAUAUUGAGAUGAUCCUUACCUAAUUCUGUCUUAAAAAUGGAAUGUGUAAUUUUGGUUUUUAUACAAAAUGCUUAAAAUUGAUUUCUUAUUUUUAUAAUAAAUAUAUUUAAUUACUUA